AUCUACGUCUCACUGUUAUGUGUAUCUUGCAGCAGUACGCGCGCUGCAGGUUACUAACUAUUCCCAAUAGAUGAUGACGUUGCCCAGCCCGUGACGGGAUACUUGUCCUUUCGACGAAGGGGGAUCUAGCGCAGUGCUGCUGUGUCACGGUUCACAGGACACAUGGUGAUGGGAGCUCUCCGCACAUGUAAUUGAAUAAAGAAUAUGAGUUAAUGUGGAGAUGCCACAAUACUAACAAUAAUGGCAGAGCAGGAGAAGGAGGCGCUGCUCCGCGCGUCCAUCCGGGACUUUCCCGACUUCCCCUCCGCCGGGAUCUGCUUCAGGGAUAUAACACCAGUGCUUAAGGAUCCAAAUGCUUUUUCUGCUGCAAUUGACCUGUUUGAGAGCUACCUCCGGAAGAAUUAUGGAAACAUUGAUGUUAUUGCUGGCCUGGACUCUCGUGGGUUUCUCUUUGGCCCAGCGCUGGCACAAAGAUUUGGAAUUGGGUUUGUGCUGAUUCGGAAAAAGGGGAAAUUACCAGGACCAACAGAGUCUGUAUCUUAUGCACUGGAAUAUGGAAAGGCAGAGAUUGAGAUUCAGACUGAUGCUGUGGCUCCUGGCCAGAAAGUUGUGAUCAUUGAUGAUUUACUGGCAACUGGAGGUACAAUGAGUGCAGCAUGUGAACUGCUGAAAAGAAGAAAUGCUAAUAUCCUGGUCUGCCUCGUGCUAAUAGAACUGACAUCGCUAAAAGGGGCAGACAAGCUGCAACCACACCAGGUCCACUCCCUGCUGAAGUAUGAAUAGGACCUGCAAUACUGCCGGAACAGUGCCUGGAAUUACUGUCUGGAAUGGAUGAAUUUAUGUACAUCCCUCAAAUAUUUUGGGGGUGUGCGGGACAAAUGGCAUUCUACAUGUUUUUACACACCCAUAACAAAAAGCCACAUCAGAAUAUACUUGGAAUAAAUGCACAAUAUGAGAACUUUGGUCUGUCUGGUGCUCAUAAGUUGUUUGAGGACUAAACUAAAGCAGAAUGUUGCACUGCAGUCAGCUGGCACUUUUGUCUGAUGCACUGUUAAUGGGAAAUACACCUCCAAGUGGCGGCAUGAAGUCACCAGUGCUACCAGUAUUUUCAGUGGUGGAUUUUUAACAAUAAAAUUUAGACAUAGAGAUGUGAAAUCAUUAUGAUAUUGGUGCAUUAGUGGACGGAUGUCUUGUUGGAAGCUAGCUUGUUCUCUGAGUGAACUUCUGUAAAAGUGGUCUGUAUUCAGGAUUGCACUUUUGGCAAGCCUUCAUACACCUUGCCAGCAACACAUCAUAUUUCAUUGCAUCUACCCCCAGUGUUUACUACAAGUUUAUUCUUUGCCACUAUUUUACAGCUGUCACCAAUAGCCAAAAAGAAGCUUCAAUAGUAUAUUUUCAUUUGCUCUAUAUUUUGUCUCUUCGUUAUAUCCUAUCUUUAUUUGUUGAGUGCAUGAACUAAUUUACGUGAUCAGUAUAUUGAAAGUAUUGUUCCAUAUCAGCAGUUUACUAAGAUUUAAAUUACUGUAUAUAAGCAAUGCGAUUAACCAGGGGAAAAAAAUAAAUUCAUUUUGCACUGACA